CCCCGGGGCAUGAGCUGCGCCUCCGGGAGCGUCGUGCUCCCUGCCGAAGAGCCGCCGCAAGCCGCCGCCGCCCCGCUGGAGCUGCCGGCCGGGGCGGGGGAGGCGAGCGGGGACACCCCCGAGGAGGGCGAGGGCCGGAGGGGCGGCUCGGAGAGCGGGGCCGCCGGCGGCGACAAGCCCGAGACGCGCUCGGUGUGCAGCAGCAGCGAGAGCGGCAGCGGCGGGCACGCCGGCGGGGCCGGCCCCAUCUGCAAGAUCUGCUUCCAGGGCCCCGAGCAGGGUGAAUUGUUAAACCCUUGCCGCUGCGAUGGCUCGGUACGAUAUACGCAUCAGCUUUGCCUCUUAAAGUGGAUAAGUGAAAGAGGGUCAUGGACCUGUGAACUCUGCUGUUACAGAUACCAUGUUAUAGCCAUUAAAAUGAAAAAGCCUUGUCAGUGGCAAAGCAUUACUAUAACACUGGUUGAGAAAGUGCAGAUGGUUGCUGUAAUCCUAGGAUCUCUGUUCUUAGUAGCAAGUGUGACUUGGCUUCUAUGGUCAGCCUUCAGCCCUUAUGCAGUAUGGCAAAGAAAGGACAUCCUUUUUCAAAUCUGCUAUGGAAUGUAUGGUUUUAUGGAUCUAGUAUGCAUAGGACUGAUAGUCCAUGAAGGUGCAUCUGUUUAUCGAGUGUUUAAGCGCUGGAGAGCUGUGAAUCUACACUGGGAUGUGUUAAAUUAUGAUAAAGCCACGGACAUAGAAGAGAGCAAUCGAGGAGAAUCCUCAGCAGGGAGGACAUUGUGGCUGCCACUGACGGCAUUUAGAAACAGAAGUUUGGUUCAUCCCACACAGUUAACCUCACCGAGAUUUCAGUGUGGCUAUGUGUUGUUACACCUGUUCAACCGCAUGAGACCUCAGGAGGAUUCAUCAGAGGAUAACUGCUCUGGGGAAGUGGUGAUGAGAGUGACCUCAGUGUAAAGAUUGUGCUCACUGUGCUACACAGAUAAGGGUAAUGUGCCCUGGUGUUACAGGACUGCAGAAUGUAGUUAUGAUAAAUGGUGAAACCAUUAACACUUGAAAAAAUAUAUACACUUCUUUUUUUUAAAUUUAAUGGUUUUUAUAUGAUCAGAUAAAACACAAAUACAUUUUUCUGGGGGAAAAAGUCUCUUGGUUUUUAUAUAGUCUGAUUUAUUGAACCUUUUUUCAAUUUGUACCUGAGGUGUAUGUAACAUAGCUUAACUCUUAGGUCUUUGAAUGAUGAGGAAACUCAUUUUUAAGUAAAAAGAUAUAUUUAAAUGUAUUUUCUUAAACUUUGGCUUUAAUCCACUACUGUUAUUUUUUUCCACUUUCAUGAGGAUUAAACUGGACAACAUUCUUCCAAAAAGAAUAAGAAUGUUGACACAAGUCAAAUAUUUUUUCUUUUCUGUCUUUAUUUUGCUGUUGUUUGUAACUCAGUUCAGAUGUGUGAAAGUAAAGGAUAUAUUGUCCUUUGCAUUUAAGCAGGAAGUCCAGUGGGUGUUCUACAAAACCUAAAGGAAGAUGGGAAUUCUUUUCUUUUAGCUCUCCCAGAUGUCCAUGCAAGAUAUCAGACACAAGUAUGACACAGACAGGGGAAGAGUCUUGUGCUGCCUCUCAAGUCUCUUAAGAUCUGCAGAGGGCUGGUGCUGUGCCUGUGCACAGAAGUGAC